GUAAAAAUGGCGACCACCGGAGUAGGUUUUCGGUGGUUAGAUAUUUUAGAAAAGGAAUUUGAUAAAGCGUGUGUCGAAUUGGACACUUCUUUGGUAGAGUUGGAAGCAGAAGAGCCAGAAGUCGUAUUUGGAGCUCGGCAGAAGAUAGCCACACUCAGCUCAUGUUUCGCACAACUUACACAUAAGGCACUGACUAUUUUCCAGAAUAGUGCAAAAUUAGAGGCGGAGCUGGUCGAUAUGAGGGCGGAGCUGGUGCAGGCUAGAGCGGCAUCGGCUGGGUGUCUAGAAUCUGGCGAUACUGCCGGAAAUGUUUUAGAUGCAGCACGCGCUAGGUCGGAAGCUGCGCAACUUGCGAGAGAAAAUGCGGCUCUGCGUGAAACCGUACUCGGAUUACAUUCGGAACUAUUUGGCGCCAGAUUAGCUACAAAAUACCUCGAUAAAGAACUCGCCGGCAGAAUACAACAGUUGCAGUUAUUAGGCAGAGAUAUGCGAGCGGAAGUCAGGGAUUCGCUUUGGGCGCAGGUGGAGGCUGAAAUCUUACUACAGAGACACAAGACCCUGGUCCGCGUGUGUCGCGGCGUGUCCCCCCGGCCGGCGCGUCCCCCCGCUCCCCCCGCCUCGCCUCCUGCCGCGCCGCCAGCCCCCCGCGCGCGCCCCCGCACCGUGCGGGUGCGACGCUCGCCGCAUCUAGGCCUGGGCAUCUCCGUCACUGGCGGACGAGAGCACGGGGUUCCGAUACUGAUCUCCGAGCUGGAGGCUGGGGGGCCGGCCGCACUCACCGGAGAGCUUUACGUCGGAGACGCCAUACUCGCCAUCAACGACGUCGAUCUCACGCAGGCGUGCCACAAGGAAGCCGUGCAGGCGCUGCAGAGCGUCAAGGGCGACUGCGCCCUCUGCGUGCAGUUCAUAGCGACCGACGACGACGACAGGCUCUCCGAAGACAACUACAGGUUCCCGCUGUACCCGGAGGACGGAGACGUGUUCCCGGGCGAACCCGACGGCUCCGGAGCCACGCCCACUGCGCCGCGCACUCCCGACUACACCAGCGACGUGAGCAGGGCCGGGUCGGAGGAGUGCGCGGCGGCACGCUACCCGGACUACAACGCCGUCAACAACAACCUCAACAUACUCGACAUGGACGACCACUCCAUCAAGAUCGAGACUAGACUAGAGUGGAACGCUUGUCGUUCGUCGGGCGAGUCGGCUCAUUCGACGCCCGUGCACGUCCGGAGCCACAUCAACAAGAAGAAACGUAAACCGCAGGACUGGCGUACGAAGGGUGCGUACCGCCCCGUGGAGCUGGAGACUCCCUCGUCCGACGAGCCGCACGCCGGGAACACGCCCCGGGACCAGCGCGCCCUCCCCGACACUGCAGCCGAGUCACCGCCAAUACCACCAUCGCUGCAAGUCAAGGAGGCGAAUCCGCCUCUGAUAGACCUAGUCAACAAACCGGAGUCAACGGAAAAAAUGAACGGUGACCUCACUCCAGUUUUCGAAUCAAAACCGAACGGCGAUGUGAAGACAGUUAGAAGAGAAAGUAAGACUUUCAGGAUAGGUACGGCGCGUCGCGUUACCGACAUCUCCGGAUUGGCAGUGAGUAUCGGUGAGAGUCGUCCCGCGCGCCUCCUGCCCGGGGAUGGCGACCCGGACUUCGGCACCCCGGUCUGAAUGGAACCGAAACACUAUGAUACAUUAAAAGCAUGCUUUCACAUACCUAGUUCCGGACGAGCUGGAAACGUUGAACUAAAUCACUCUGCCACAUCACUACAAAUUUUUAUGGAACGAUUAUGCAGAGAGAGAGAGAGUACAAAGAAGGGACUAUCUCUGUGUUAGAAAAUUAUUGUUAUUAAAAGGGGUUCUCGAUGAAAAAAACGCAAGA